CACUGCCCCCGGAGCUGUACUCCAUCUGGGAAGCCUACCCCUGGCACCUCGGCGAACCGUUCUGCAUUUUCAAGUCUUUCCUCACGGAAAUGACGUCAUACGCCUCCGUUCUCACCAUCACCAGCUUCACCGUGGAACGCUACCUGGCCAUCUGCCACCCGAUCAGGGGUCAGCGCUCCUCCAGACAGUCGCGAGCGGUCAAGAUUGUCCUGUCCAUCUGGGUUGUGUCCGGCCUGUGCGCCUUGCCUUACCCGAUCCACACCCGGGUGUUCGCGUACCUCAAUGACCCGAGGACCCACCGGCCCAUCCUUGACUCCGCCCUGUGCAACAUUCCCUUCAAGUGGCAACAGCGGAUGUCCUACUCCUUCCAGGUGUCCACCUUCGUGUUUUUCGUGAUCCCCAUGGCUGUGAUCACCAUCAUGUACCUCAUGAUCGGUUUCCGACUGCGGAGCUCGGCGCUCGCCACCUCGGUGUCCUCCUCACAGUCGCAGACGGCCAAAACAGCGGCCUCCCGCGCGCGGAGAGCGGUGCUCAAAAUGUUGGUGGCUGUGGUGGUUGCCUUUUUCAUCUGCUUCGCUCCGUUCCACGCUCAGCGGCUGAUGACGUUGUACAUUCGGCCCGACCAGUGGACGCCCGAGCUGUUGCUGGUGCAGAGCAACCUCUUCUACGUGUCCGGUGUGCUGUACUUCAUGAGCUCCACCGUCAAUCCCAUCCUGUACAACGUCCUGUCCCGGAAGUUCCGACAGGCCUUCAAACGCACGCUCUGUCGCUGCUGUCUGAGACUCAACUCCCACUCCAUCCCCGCCUUCUACAAGCUCAAGGCCAAGUUUGUGGGCGGGGACCACGCCAGAGCCGGUAGUCAUGGCAACUCGUGCUAUCUCUACCCGAACAACGCCAUCCGGCUGGCGAAUCUCGCGGAGAAUGAGGCGGUGGGGAGGAAAGGCGGCCGGCUACAGGCUUACGGUUACGCUUACCCUUCCACGAACGAGACCUCCUGUAAGAACAGUAGUCCUACACAGAACAGUAACAGCGCCACGCACGCGCACUCGGACGGUCGUCUGCACCGGUUGUGUCGUCACAAAUACUGCUCCAGUCGGCGCGCCAACCAUCAGCUGUUGCUGCCGGCGAGAGGGGAAGGGUUGCUGUCUGCUGACGUAGUGCCGUGUGACGUCAGCAGAGGCAUGCCGGGACCGUCUUCCGGCCUUCACGAAACAGUGGCCACGCCCACGAGGAGGACGAUAAUCUCGUACCCAGACAUCCACUGCGGUCGGCGCUACUGCCACAGCCCCCUCCUCAACCCUGCCCUCCUCCACAGAGACAGCACAACAGCACAGCAGCAACAUCCGCCCAGCUCAGCGCAUGCGCAACACACACCCACUACCGCCACCUACCCCGGGUACAAGAGCAACUCAAAACCCGUGGCUUGGUGAAACAGACUGCUGCUAGUUAGUUAGCUCUUGUAAAACGUGGUCCAUUAUAUUACUUUCCACGUGGAAAACAUGAGAAGUCAACUCUGUCCGUGAUUACGACCUGAAUCAAAAUCCGGUAAAAGUAUACUUGCACCUCCUGUCCCCCUC